GUAUGUUUAAGACAUUAGAUGAUUUAAAGAAAGGUGACAAAGAUGAAAAAUAAAAGAAAACUAGCAAUUCUUAUGCUGGAGGAGAAAAGAGGUAUAAUUAUUUAUUAAAUAUCUUAGUGGACUCUCAAUUCAAAAUCCUGACGAUUACGAUGAAUUAAUAAAUAAGGCGUAUUAAUCUAUUAAAAUGCUUAUAGAAAGUAAGGAGGCACUAAACCUGAUGGAGAUGAGGAUCCAAAAGAAUGGUGUAAAAUUACUUUAUGGAAUAAUGGAUUUUAAAUUAAUGAUGGAGAAUUCAAAGAUUUAAAUGAUCCAGAAAACAAGAAAUUCAUUGCAGAAUUAAAAUAAAGGUAACAUAAUUAUAUAUAUAAAAAGCUAAGUUCCAACAGCCUUACGAGCAAAAUAUCCCAAAGGUUUGAGUGUAAAAUUGGAAGAUAGAAAAACUGAAAAAUAUGUACCACCUCCACCACCUAAAUAUGUAGAAUUUAGUGGAUCAGGAGUUAGUUUGGGUUAAUAAUAAUUUGUUUAAUAAUAAUAACAAGUUAAAGUUGAUUUGAGUAAAUAAGGAUAAAUACAAAUUGAUCCCAAUCAACCCACAACAAAUAUUAUGGUGAGAUUAUCCACUGGUAAUACUAUUACAUUGACAGUUAAUACUACAACAAGAGUGACAGUCAUUCAAUAACAUCUUUUAAGGUAUUUUUAAAUAUUUAUCAAGAAUGAUGAAUUUACCUCCUCAAAAAUAAAUCUAGUUAAUUUCAGGUUUUCCUCCAAGACCAAUUUAGAAUUUGAAUUAAACUGUUGAAGAAGCUGAUUUAUGCGAUUCCUAAAUCACUUAAACUAUUGUUUGAGUU